UCUUUCAAUUAACAAAUUUUUCGUCAUGGUUGCAAUUGUCAUUAGACCUCGCUCUAAAAACUUGAAGGAAUUCAAGACUUCUCUUGAUUACAACACUCCUGUCAAUUCAUUGAUUGAACAAAUUGCCUCAUUCAAUAAUAUUUCCUCAUCUCGUUUACGUUUAACUUUUGCUUCCCCAGUUUAUACAAAGACCAAAAUCGUUAAACAAUCUCCCUUAAAUGGCGACUAUUCACUUUCAGAACAAAAGGAUAAAUUUUUCAAAGAGUUUAUUGAUUCAAAUUCAAAUGAAUUGACGCUUUUCGUUAAAGACUUGGGUCCCCAAAUUGCAUGGAAAACUGUUUUUAUUUUAGAGUAUCUUGGGCCUUUAUUAAUCCAUCCUUUUUUUUAUUACUUGAGCCAUAGCAGCUAUUUUUUAAAUUAUAACGGUUUUUUAACUAUUUUUAAAAUUGAAAAUCAUUCAAAUAUUCAAAAGAUUUCUUUGAUUCUAGUUUUAUUACAUUUUUUGAAAAGAGAAUUUGAGACUAUUUUUGUUCAUAAAUUCUCUUUAUCAACGAUGCCAUUGUUUAAUUUAUUUAAAAAUAGUGGGCAUUAUUGGAUUUUAUCAGGUUUCAAUUUAUCAAUUUUCAUUUAUUUCAAUAACUUUUUAAAUCCAGAUAAUUCAUUGUUAAAUUUUUUAUUCUAUACUAAAGCAGAUUAUGAAAAUAAUUUGAUCCCGGGUGUUCUUAUACUUGGAUGGUUAUUUGCAGAAAUUUCAAAUUUAAUUUGUCACUUAAAUUUAUCAUCAUUAAGAAAAGAUGGAUCCAAAGAUCAUAAGAUACCAUUUGGAUAUGGAUUCAACUUAGUUUCGUGCCCUAAUUAUUUUUUUGAAUCAAUUUCAUGGUUGUUCUUUUUUUUAAUCAAUUUAAAUCCCUUUAGUUUGUUUUUUUUGGUGGUUAGUACAGCUCAAAUGGUGAUUUGGGGAAUUAAAAAACAUAAAAGAUAUUUAAAAGAUUUUGGAGACAAAUACCCCAGAAAUAGAAAAAUCUAUUUCCCUUAUAUAUUUUAACCCAUCAAUUUAUGAAUAAUAAUAAUAAUAAUAAUAAUAAUAUAAAUUCUAAUUAUUUAUUAUAUAAAAAAAUAAAUAGUUAGAUAGUAAAUAAAUAAGCCCACAACUAAUAGAAACGAUCGACGAAUGAAAUGGAGAGAAGUAACAGCCAAGAAAAAAAAAAAAAGCACCAAAAAAAAGGAUAAUUAAAAAAAA